AUAAUGCUGAUAUUGAAGUAGACUAUAUUUACUUUACAACGUAUAUUCAUGAUAUAACAUAGGGAUUACUAAGAAACCGCGCAGUGUUAUACCUUAACCUUGACAUGUGUAGUCUAGUUCUACGAAACUAAAAAAUGAAGACAGGAAUGAUAUGGCUAUGUGGACUAGUUUUGGUAAUAGAGCAUAGGCGUCUAUGUUACAGUAUGUCUAUAGUGAACACCCUGAACUCACUGGUUGUUGAGAGUUCUUCUGAAUCACUCAGAGAUUCAUUAUUUCAAGAAAUAGUGAUUGUUCCGAAGCAACAAGAUCCCAAAAUUACGCAUUCAAAUCCGUUGAAACACCACAGAAGGCGCACGGAACCCACUUAUCAAAUAUACAGGAAAAUAUGCCACGGACGUACCAGGAAGUGGCUGGAACUAUUCCCGAAUGGAAGUCAUAUAUGUCAUCCAUGUUCUAAAUGUAGGCCCGGGUACGGGGUCAAAGAACAUUGUGCGCUGGAGAAAGACACAAUAUGUGAACAAUGUACCCCCGGGAGUACGUAUUCGAAGGGGCUAAGCCAGCAUCACCCGUGCAAGGCGUGCGAUAAUUGCCUCUUGAGACAGAAAGCUAAAAUCAAGGAAUGUACUGCAACAGAAAAUACCAAAUGUGGGCAUUGUAAAAAAGGUUUUUAUCGGGAUGCAUACACAAAUCUAUGCGUGAACGAAACUACGGAUAAGUCAAACAAUGAAGUGUUUUCAAAUGGUUUCGAUGACGUCACAGUUUCUAGCAAUAACACCGACCCUAAUGUUGAUGAAAAUGACAACAUGUAUCAAAUAAUGGAAAACUUCAAUAUUUGGCUGACAAUUGGAGUAUUAUGUUUUCUUAGUGUCAUGAUGAUAGGGAUUGUAUGCUUGAUUAAAUACUGCUUAAAAACGGAUAGAACAUCUAGGUCAAUUGAUAUAUGCUCCUAUGGCGCACUGGACCGUCAUCAUGACGUAUUGAAACGUGCUGAUGAAAAAGUUAAAAUCGAUCUUUGUGAAAAUCCAAAUGGUGCGACCAAGAUUAACGGACGCGUUCACAACAAUAUACAAAACGACACAACAACAAAGCACAAAAAGGAACACGAAUCCGAAAAUUAUCAAACCACAGAGCUAUCAUCCAAUGGCCGAAACAUGAAGGGUUGGUUUCAAAAAAUCACUCAAAACAAUAUGAUUCACUUUUUUACUAGUUUUCAUCAUCGACUUUUUUAUAUAACACAGCAAAGAUGCGACCACUGCUCCAGAAAAUCAUCGAAGGAGAACAAUUGCAAACUCAAUCCCCAUAUAAAGCAUCCAAAUGAAAAGGGACAGUGCACUGAUGUUGAAACACGAUCGUUUUAUUCUACAGUGCUUGACUUCAUAGGCCGCAUGAUGAAAGGUAGAAAACGAUGGAAAGAUAGAAAGCCAUCAAAAAAGAAAUUCCAAAUUACGGAGCAACAUCGAACAGCCAUGAGAAACUGUAGCUGUGUGAUAGUGAACAUGUAAAGCCCUGAAAACCAUACACGGGGUGUCCCAGAAAAUAAAGUAAAGAGCGAAUUACUUCUGGGGCAACCCAAACGUAUAAUUGUAACUGUACAUACAAGGAAACUGUAAUCUUUAUUAAGCAGGAUGCCAUUUGUAUUUGCUACUAAGAAAUGCUAUUGCUAUUUAUACAUUGAAUUAUAAACUUGCCUUUACAACUAUAUGCGUGUAUAUUCCCAAUUUUUAAAAUUAGAAAGAUUUCGUAACUCAUUUAUAGCAUGUUUAUUAUUUCCGGAUAACGUAUAACUUAUGAAGCGUU